GUUUCUGGUGUGAAAAUUAGUGAUGUGACCUACCAAGACAUUCAUGGAUCAUCAGCAACAGAAGUUGCAGUGAAAUUUGAUUGUAGCAAAAAGUAUCCAUGCACAGGUAUCAAAUUGGAAGAUGUAAAGCUGAGUUACAAGAAUCAGCAAGUUGAAGCUUCAUGUAGCAAUGUUGGUGGAGUUGCUUCAGGCCUUGUUCAGCCCACUAACUGUUUAUAA